GCCCAUUUGUCCUGAACCACCUUCUCCUCCGCCUACCAUCUCCUACCGGCCAUGGACAAGCCAAGCGGCAGCCAGACGAAUACUCCCUCGUCCUCGACCGGCUUCAACUUCUCAACCCCCUCCAUUCAGAAUCAAAUACACGAGCUCGCGAAGACUUUGCCUCCCCCGAGAAAGCAGAACACUGCUUGUGAUGCGUGCAGGUCCCGCAAGGUGAAGUGUUAUCAGCUUCCCGGACAAGACAAGUGCCAGCACUGUCAAGCCAAAAACUAUCCCUGCACACAUUAUGUCCAGCAAGCCACAUCCGAGAAAAAACGCAGUGCCGUCAAGCGUCCACGCACACUCAGCAAUGACAGUCAUACCUCGCCAGGACCAGGACCAAUACGCUCUGACGCGUCUGGAUCAGCCCGUAUACACCCCUAUCCCCCAGUAACUGUCUUGCAACCGCAACGGAAUGGAAGAAUCACGCUUGAAACGUCGACUAAGGACCUCCUUGCUUAUCUGUUCUCGUCACCGGAUCCGAGUGAUCGCACGGCUAGCCCUAGUUCCAGGCCAUCCAAUAUGAAGAUGCCACGUGCCGGAUCAGAAUCGUACGAGUCCUACGCAGAAUGGGGUGAGCUUGCUCAUCAGCUGCAGAACGAGACGUUUCGUAUAGACUUUACGUUCGACCUGGUCGAAGUUUUCUUCCAAAUUGUCCACACUCGUCUCCCUCUGCUCAACCCAGCUCAGUUCCGAGCACGUCUGCAGUACGGCUUGCAAACUCGCAACCCGCUCGGUUCUGCGUCCCCAGAUGCCAAUGGCUUCUCAUCGGGGCAAAGCUCCAACAACAAGCCUCUACACAAUGCCUUGGUAGCGACCGUCAUUUCCUGGGGCGCAAAAUUCUCUGAGCACCCGCUGUUGGUGAAAGAUAGGGAACGCAACCGAGGGCAGAGCUCGUUAGCCAAAACGCUUAUCAACCGCACGCGCGACUUGGCAGAGGACCUCAAAGUCCACCGUGUGCCAAAUGCUGACCACGUCGUCGUCGCGCUGCUAAUUGAGCCGAUGCAGAACCAGAAUCCGGAAGACUCAAACGGCUUUCAUGGGUUUUGGCUAUUUUCGGCAAUUCGUCUGCUGCUGGAUCUCCAGAUUAACCACAAAUCGGUUAUGUCAAACAUUGAAGACUCCGAGGCAAGGGGCACCAUGAUUUUCGCAUGGUGGAUGGCGUGCUUGUCGGACGCGUACCGCAGCGUGUACUACAGGCGAAAACCCAUGUUGGAUGAUGACGACUAUGACAUCGACUUCUACACUGUCGGCCCUGUGCCGCCCGCGGGCUUGGUGGAAUCGCAUGCGCCGUCGCCGUCAGUCAGGGAGCAAUUAGAGGUGAAUACCAUCCCUGCUCUACUCCUUGCUACUCUCACUGACAUACGGCCGAUUGCGCAGUUUCUGGGCUAUUACCGCUCCGCACAUGCGCUCGCUCGUGUCGCCCGGCAGAUGUCCCGUCAACUGUGGCGACCGGCCACAGAGUCUGACGGCAUCCCGAUGGACGUGCUCCUCAAUCUCAUUACGCUCCUCAAUGAGUGGAAAGACGAGCAUCUCCAGCGCGUAGGCGUGCCCAGCAACUUUGCCGCCGACUGGGAUUUUGUUAGCGCCGUAUCUGCUUGCGCCAGCGAUGCGACGUACCAUAUCAUGUGGAUUGUUAUCUUCAACGCCCUCGAUGACUUUGGCAUCAGAGAAGUGAAUGAUAUCGUGCGGACGGGAAGCCCCGGUCACGAGCACCCCAGCUACUCCCAAAUCGAGACCAUCAAGAAGAAGGUCAGCGACGACGCGUUGCACGGAGCCCUCCGUAUCGCGGGCCUGGCGGGCGUGUUGAGCACCAAUGGCUAUCUGCGCCUCGACUGCGCCGUCAUGCACGUUAGCAUCAUCCAGGCCGGCACUCUUCUCGCGCGCCUUGGACGUCCAGAGGUCGAGAACUGUAUCAAGGGUCUCCAGCAGUACGCAUAUGCGUACGAGGAGUGCAUGGAGCAGGCCAACGACAUCAAUCGACAGUACACGCAGGCGGUAGCAGGCGAUUUCGAUCUAAACCAUAUGGCCUCGGUGCUGCGACCAGGGUCCGCCCAAGACAGCUUGCCGCUGAACGACGAAGGCAUAGCCGUGCACUUCAACUCCGACACUCUGACUGGCGGAUAUCGCGCAUAACUUCUAUCUCCCUUUGACCUCCUUACUAUUGUCGCUUCGUCCCUAUGGACUGCUAUUUAUCGAUUUGUCUCGCCUUAUUUGAACAGUAUUUUUUCUGUAUGCUGUCCCUGGGUGUUGCCUUCAUCACUUUGACGUUAUGAUUGUAGGGCUAGCAGAUCUGUGUGCGGCUACACUGCUCUCGCAUUCUACGCUACAGCCACGCGAAAGCGUGCAAUAACAUGGACAGACGCGAGCUAUUAUAGCUUGACGCUCUUGAUGACCUUUGUAAUACCAGACUUCUCGCCAUCGUACCGGCCGGUCGCAGCGAGGCCUCCCUUGUAGACCGCCUUCUGCGAGGCGAUCUUCUUCUUCGCCUGCUCGUAACGCUGCCGCUUCUUGACACGUGGGUUGCGCACGCUCUUCGAGCGGUGUGGUGUGAGGCCUUUGUUCUUGAGGAUCGCUCGUGACACUCCGCGGGGCCCCUCGGCGGUCUCGUUUGUAAUCAUACCCUCUUUUGCCAUCGCAACAGCAGCCUCGUAUUCGUCCUUCUUCUUCUCUUUCUUCUCCUUCGACUUGCGCUGGACAAGGUCGUAAUACCCCUCCGCUUCGUCGCCACUCCCGCUUCCAUCCUCGUCUCUCCUCCGCUUCUUGCCCGGCGCCGGCCUCAACUCGGGCUCCUCGUCAUCGAGGUCUGCACCGCCUAUACCGCGUGUCUUCUCAACCUCUUUCUUAUUCCGGAGCUCCUUCUCCCUUUUGCGCUCCUUCCACGGGAUGUCAUCAUCGCCGCUAGCAGCUGCACGCGCACGCUCGCGCCGUGCCGACGCGCUUUCGAUCUUCGCCGUGUGGAAGCGAAGCGACUUCUUACGUGCCGCCUUGUCGAGCGCGUCCACGGCUUGAAGCGCGAUAGGCUCGCCGUACGCAUCUGUGUCGACCGUGCGUGAUGCGCGCGAGGACACUUUGGGCUUUGCGGGGAACUCGGGCUCCUCGAGAUCGAACACGGGCAGCGUGGCCUUGGCACCACUAUCAGAUGCCGUUUUACGCCGCUUCUUUGGUGGCUGCUCUGGUGCAGCCUCUUUCGUCGUCUUCUUGGGCUUUUCAAUCCGAGUUUCAUCGCUCUUGCGCGGACGACUCGUGGACGCGACUGCCUCCAUGUCCGCGAGCAGCAUCCGCAAUUCUUCGGCACUGAUGCUGCGGAUUCUGCCCGCCAAACCGAGGUCGUCCUCGUCCUCCAGGUCAAGGUCAUCGUCAUCCUCGUCGUCAUUGUCAUCAUUGACGCCGAGCUCCUCCAGCGUCGCUAUCGACUGCUUAAAGGUGAGGAGGCGCUUCAUAAUGGGAUGUGCUCGGAGCAGUUCUGGAUGUUGGGCAUACUUCGCGGAGGCACGGAGGUAAAGGUAGAAUGCAAGUGUAGUGGCGUAUUGCAGAAGGGCCUGAUAAUACAGAUGCAGCAUACCCGUGCUGAUCUUGUCCAGAAGGUCUUCGCUCUCCAGUCUGUGAUAUUUAACAGUAAGUCUCUGCCAAGAAUAACGGUAACAGAGUAUAUGCACAUCGCCACCUUCGCCUGUGUCUUAAUAAGAGCACGAGCAGCGUCAUCCCAGUCGCCAGCGAGAGCUAAAGCUUCAGGGCUUGUUUUCUCCAGAUGCCGCAAACGCGCUCCCUUAUCCUCCGGGAUCUUCUGAACGACGGGCGCUGCGAGCUCUGUGAACUCCCUGAUAAAA